AAGUUUGUUACUAUUAUUUGCAUCCAAUCAAAAGUUGAAGCCUGUUGAGAGGAGAAACUAGAAAGGGAGUGAAAGGGUGUAAUUUCAAAAACAAGGGCGCGUUGAAGAGCGCACACACCCAACUAUGGAAGUUCCAAAGGAUCAAAUCGCUACUCUUCUCGACCAUGGCCUCUACAACUCCGCUCAGAUGCUUGGUUCUUUUCUUGUUUCUUCACCUGCUGCAAAUGCUGAAUCUGCCCCACACCUCAAAACUGAGAGCUUGGUGCUACUUGGUGAUUCAUUUUUCCAUGAAAGGGAGUAUCGUAGAGCCAUUUCCUAGUCUUGUCAAUUAUCAUCUCAUUUGUUGAUGAGCAGCAUACCUACAAGCAAGCUUUGCAAUACUACAAGAUGAUUCCAAAGCAGAACAUGGGAUCUUCUCGGAGUUCAUUGUCGUCGAACAGGUCUUCAUCUCCGAAUUCUUGCAAUGUAUCAGUGAUCAACGAGAAUGAGGUGAAGUUCAAAAUUGCAUCGUGUCACUGUUUUCUGAAUGAGAAUAAAGCAGCUCUAGUUGAGAUGGAAGGAAUUCCUAGCAAAGCUAGAAAUUUACCAAUGAAUUUGUUAUUAGGGAAGCUAUAUCGAAUUUCUAGGCAUAGCCGAGCUGCUGUUUCUAUUUACAAAGAAUGUCUAAGACACUGUCCUUAUGUACUUGAAGCUAUCACAGCUUUAUCAGAACUGGGGUCUACUGCAAAGGACAUCAUUUCAUUGUUUCCUCAGACUCCAAAUAGAAGUGGUAGGGCUCCAUUUGAUCACACGGACUCAUGUCGUUGGCUUCAACGCUAUGUGGAAGCUCAAUGUUGCAUGGCAUCAAAUGAUUACAAAGGUGGAUUGGAACUCUUUGCAGACCUUUUACAGCGUUUCCCUAAUAAUAUACACUUAAUACUUGAGAUUGCAAAGGUUGAAGCUAUUAUUGGAAAGAAUGAAGAGGCAAUUAUGAAUUUUGAAAAGGCCCGGUCAAUUGAUCCAUACAUCAUAACAUAUAUGGAUGAGUAUGCAAUGCUUCUAAAGCUAAAAUCUGAUUAUUCAAAGCUAAGCAAGUUAGUGCAUGACUUAUUGAACAUUGAUCCUGCAAGACCAGAGGUUUUUGUAGCUUUAUCUGUUUUAUGGGAAAAGAAAGAUGAGAUAAAAGCAUUACAAUAUGCUGAACAGAGUAUUCGGAUUGAUGAGAGGCACAUAUCAGGCUAUAUAAUGAAGGGAAAUUUAUUAUUGACAAUGAAACGGGCAGAUGCAGCUGUGUCUGCCUUCAGAGCAGCUCAAGAAUUGAGACCUGAUAUUCGCUCAUAUCAAGUUUUGGUUCAUACAUAUUUGGCUCUUUCUAAAAUGAAAGAGGCUCUAUAUGCUUCACGAGAGGCAAUGAAAGCAAUGCCUCAGUCUGCAAAGGCUUUGAAAUUAGUAGGUGAUGUGCAUGCUAGUAAUUCUGGAGGCAGAGAAAAGGCGAAAAAAUUCUACGAGUCUGCAUUAAGGCUGGAACCUGGUUACCUUGGAGCUGCACUAGCUUUGGCUGAGCUCCAUGUUAUUGAGGGCCGAAAUGGAGAUGCUGUGUCAUUGCUUGAGCGAUAUCUUAAAGACUGGGCUGAUGAUUCACUUCAUGUAAAACUAGCACAAGUUUUUGCAGCGACUAACAUGCUACUGGAGGCUUUGUCACAUUAUCAGGCUGCAUUAAGGUUAAACCCCCAGAAUGAAGCAGCAAAACGGGGUUUAGAGCGUUUAGAGAAGCAGAUGAAGGGAAUGGAUCCAGAUGCACCACCUGAAGAAGAUGAAGACAAUGAUGUUGAAGAUGCUGAUGGAGAUCAAGAUGAGACUGAACUUCUUUGAGUAUCACUGUCCAAAGGAAAUUUGUUCUGAUGCACAUUACCAUGGAAAUAGUUUAAAGUUGAGACUGAAUUAGCACUAGCAGUAGGGUGGGAAUUAACUUGGUGGCCUACAAGCUGUACUUCUGUUUCUUAACUACUGCAAGAGUUCUUCACAUCAGAAAACAAAGGAUUUCAUUAUUGCCAACUGUUGCAUCUGGCAGUCAUACCCUGUGGCUGUAUAAGUAUGGAAUGUAUGGAUUAGAUGGUGAAAUUCCAUGACCAGAAUGAGUGAAUGGUCGGGGUUGGACUUUGACCAGAUGGUUGAGUUCCAGUUGGUAAGGCCAAGGAUGUCUUAGCUGGAAGCUUGUGUUGUCUCCAUUGUAAAAUCAUUUAUGUUUGUAAAAGCUACGAUAUCACAUAUUUAGUUUUUCACUUUUUGUAGUAUGACAAUUGCUCAUUGAAUUGUUUUCAUCAUAAGUCAACGUGAGAUUUCAAGUAGAGCUUUGCUCUUUAUUCUUUGCAGUCUAGCUAGUGAAAGAGUAAAAUGUGUCUAUG